GCGCCCCGCCCCUCGCGCGCCACGUCACGGUACGUCACGGCACGUCACGGCGCGUCCGCCAGCUGAGCGCUCGCCCGGAAGUGAUGCGGUGGAGGCAGAGCCGCUGGGCGCCGCGGAGCAUUCUAUGUGGAAGCCAGGGAGCCUGAAGGAAGCUGUGAAGCUAGUGGAAUGAUUCCCUGUGUUGCUGAAACUGUGUCAGCUGAGUGCUGCUGAUGGCAUGGUGAGAUGUGUUGAGGAGCAGCUGCGAGGGUGUCCGAGGGCAGGGGGACCGUGCUAGGAGCUGGGCUUGCACCACCAUGGGCCAGUGUGUCACCAAGUGCAAGAACCCUUCUUCUACCCUUGGCAGCAAAAAUGGGGAGAGAGACUCUGGCAGCAAAUCCCACAGCAAGAGAAGUGCAGUCCACAAAGACGACCACGGCUCAGCUUGCGGGAAGGCUUCAGGAGACAUUCUUGUGAAUGGGACAAAGAAAACAGAUGCUGCUGUGGAGUCCAGUCAGCCUCCAACGUUUUCUGGAGAUACAAAGAAAGACUCUGUUUGCAGUGCAGAGGAAUCUUCUCUUCAGAGGAUUGGGGAGUUGUUCAGGAGGUAUAAGGACGAGCGGGAAGAUGCCAUACUGGAAGAAGGAAUGGAACGAUUUUGCAAUGACCUCUGUGUUGAUCCCACUGAAUUUAAAGUACUAGUUUUGGCUUGGAAAUUCCAGGCUGCUACCAUGUGCAAAUUUACAAGGAAGGAGUUUUUUGAAGGCUGCAAAGCAAUAAAUGCAGACAGCAUUGAUGGCAUUUGUGCAAGGUUCCCCAGCCUCCUAAACGAAGCCAAGCAGGAGGAUAAAUUCAAGGAUCUCUAUCGUUUCACCUUCCAGUUUGGCCUGGACUCUGAAGAAGGACAGAGGUCGCUACAUCGGGAAAUAGCCAUUGCCCUUUGGAAAUUAGUCUUCACCCAAAACAAGCCCCCUAUUUUGGACCAGUGGUUACACUUCCUAAUCAAGAACCCCUCAGGAAUCAAGGGAAUCUCCCGGGACACGUGGAACAUGUUUCUAAAUUUUACUCAGGUGAUUGGACCGGACCUUAGCAACUACAGCGAGGACGAGGCCUGGCCGAGCCUCUUUGACACCUUUGUGGAGUGGGAAAUGGAGCGGAGGAAAAAGGAGGAGGAAACCAAAAGUGUUCUGUCCUCGGACACAGAGGGGCCGUGUGCGGACGGACAGACCUAGCAGCAGGGACUAAAGCAGCUCCUUGCCCUUCACACAAUGUAAACUCUGGAUGUUUCUGGAAAUUGCCGAGGCUCCAGAUUUUUCUACUUUACACCUUUUUCUGCCUUGUCUUUGAAAGGGCUCUAAAAUGCUGUAUCAUGUUUUAGGCACUUUCUUAAUUUUGGUUAUUCCUUUUACUCUUGCCCUGAAAUAUUUGACCCUGGCUACAAGUUAAGCAUUUUUUUUUAUUUUAUUUUAUUUUUAAGACUUCAGAUUAGUAUAAGUAAGUCUGAUACUUCUUGCACAAUGUAGAUCUUUUUAGUUAGGUUAAAUUAACAUUGCUAAAUUAUACAGUGCCAGAUUAAGUUUUUUCAUACUACAUCUGUCAGGGCAGGUCUGUACUGUGUGUAGUGCUGUUUACAUUGUUGAAAUUUUAGGCUGUAAUAAUUUUAAGGUUUUAUACCGAGAUGAACAGCAGUGUUAACUAUAAAUGCAUUAAUCCUGGGUAAUAAGGCUCUAAAAACCAACAUAAGCAACAGCUUUUUGUAAUAUGGCUAAUUCCCAUUUUGAGCUAACUCCUAGUGAAUGAGUCCAGAUCAUUCCUUUUUUUGGACUUUCAAACUAAAUGUUGGGAUUGUUUUAUAAAAUUACUGUACCUGUCAGUCAACUGAGUGGUAGAUGACGAUUUAUAUCUAAAUCUCUUUACACAUUCACAUAAUAAAAGAGCAGUACUACCUCAGUUUUAUUGAAAGUGGACUUGUUGAUGGACUUCCAUUUUCUCUGGAAGUUGUAUUUUUGUGGUUACAUGAGAAUAUUUUUACUUGACUAAAAGAACCAAAGGUUCUGCUUCUUAAGUUUGCUAAACAUUGAGAGAAGCAACACACAAAUCCUAAGUCUUCAAGGAAAACUGUGGUAUAAUUCUGCUUUAAUUUGUUUGAUUUAUACCUAAAGUAUUACCUUACUUGUCUGGCAAGCACAGUACUUCUAUGUAAGGAACUAUCUUUUGCAUUAAUAUUGACAAACCAAUUUUUUAAAGCAUAUGUUUAAUUGCUAAAUUGCAGUUAAUACUCCACACUUUCUGGAGCAACAAUAUCGGCAUCUGAUGACAAAGUGAAUUCUUAAUGUGUUCUUAAUGACAGCAGUGUAGAUGAGUCAUUUUUAGACUGAUUUGAUAAUAUUUGGAUAGGAGUCAAUUUAUUAUUUUACAAUGCCUGUAUUGGGACUAUUUGCCUGUUGAAAUUGUUGUGACUUAAAGGGAGUUUUAUUAACACUGGUUGAAACUUU